UUUGUGCGUAAUAAAAAUUCAUUUAUUCUAAGAAAAUAGUGUGUUUGUACUUGGUACAUUUUAAAUUACAACACGAACUCAACCGAGACAUUUUUCCAAGUGAAAAUUUGAAAAGAAAGGUGACGAAAUAAAAAAUAAAUUCAUAUAAAUACCUCAAUACCGGCCCAAUAUGUCCGACACAUCAAGUGGUGACGACGAUGAUGGAGACGAGGAAUGUGGGGUGGAGCGCGGAAAUGUGGUUUCAAACCUAGCGAACAAUCAACCAGUUGUUCGAUUGGAAAGGAUGAGCAGAGAUUUGUUACGGCAAUGGAAUGUACCGCGGCCAAAUGUGACACAACAAACACCAGCACGCCGUUCAAAACGUGUACAAACUGUACCGUCUGUCGCUCGUUCUUCUCAGCCACAAGAUAGUAGUGACGAUGAACCAUUAGCGGCAAAAAUAAGACGGACUACACAGCCAUCUAAUUCGGUUUCAAACCUAGCGAACAAUCAGCCAGUUGUUCGAUUACAAAGAAUGAGCAAUGAUUUGUUACGCCAAUGGAAUGUACCGCGGCCAAGUGUGACACAACAAACACCAGCACGCCGUUCAAAACGUGUGCAAACUGUACCUUCUGUCGCUCGUUCUUCUCAGCCACAAGAUAGUAGUGACGAUGAACCAUUAGCGGCAAAAAUAAGACGGACUAAACAGCCAUCUAAUUCGCACGCCGUUCAAAUCGUGUACAAACUGUACCGUCUGUCGCUCGUUCGUUAAUUCAAAGUCCGGCCAU